UUAAAUCCCAUAGAAACUGUAAAGGUUCUGGCGAGCAGAGCGGAGCAAGUCUUGGAACUCCCAAGGGCAGCCGGGAAGUGAUGACCGAUAAAGCAGAAGAGUCUGUUUUUGGGCCUGAGAACCAAAUGAAAGGUCAUGCAGAAUCCGUGACUCCUCCUCCAUGUAAGAGAAGGCUGACUAUGGCAAUGUUGUCAGUGAUACCAGAAGGAGAGGGAGCAUCCCAGCCCAGGGGCUCAGCCGUGACCUUGGAAGGUGAUAACCCCAAGGUCACAGCGAUGUCUGUGCUGGGAGAAGUGCCAGAUAAACUUCCCAUACCGAUGGAAAUCAAUAUCGAAAUAAGAGAUCAGUUAAAGAGGGAGAUUCGACAGUUUGGACGAAAAUAUGAUAGAAUCUUCAAAUUGCUUGAAGGAGUGCAAGGGCCUCCAGAAGUGCAGAAAAAAAUGAUCUUAUAUGCCAUGAAGGAAGCAGCGAGAUUUAAAAGACAGGACUUAAUAAGCCACCUUAAGAAGUUACUAGAAAAACUAGAAUCUGGCCUCCUUCUCAAUGAAGAUAAUCCCAACUCAAAUUGAUAAUCCCAUUAUUGAAAUGAUCAUUGAGAAACCAGGAGCAAUUGCCUUCCUGAGAAUGGAACCCCAUGUUGUUGAUACCUCCUCGCAUGCGUUUUGUAAGAAAAUUGUUUUCUUGAGGUCAAGAAACACAGUUAGAACUUUAAUGUAAUAAGUUUCUGUAAGUUCAGGCACGUGGGUGGCUCUGUUGGUUAAGCAUCUGGCCUCGGC